AUGGCGAUACACCCUCCAACUCGCCGAUUUCCAACACCGGCAACCAACCUUCAAGGUUCAACUUCGGGUUUGGGAAGUCACACAGCCAUCUUACGGCAGACUUGGCCCAUACGAGGCCUGCUGUACCCCGAACCUUCAAUUUUGGGUUUCCAGUGCGAAAGCAAGUCACAGGCGCAGGCCCUUGUGCCAGACCCGGCGCGUCAAACAGCUCUGACGCCACCACAACCUCAAAAAUUCAACUUUGGGUUUACGGCGACCAAGGAAGGCCCAGCGGCAAUGGACCCUACAUCACCUUCCCCAACUCCAACAAAAUUCAACUUUGGCUGGACCCCAUCCCAUUCCACAGAGAAGCCGGCAGGUCCGGCAGGCCAACCACUUAACACGCCAGGCCCAGCGGCAGUCGACUCGGAGCGCACACCAUCUUCCCCAGCUCCCACAACAUUCAAUUUUGGCUGGACUCGGUCCAUUGCCACAGAGAAGCCGCCGGAUGUCCGGCGCACUCGCCGUAGCGGUUCCAACACUCCCGACAAUGGAGUGCCAGUGUUGGUAAUCCCUCUCAAGAGACCCAUGUCUCCGCCGCUGCCCUUAACUCCUCCUCAGGCACCGGCGGCCGAACAUCCAGCCAAGUUCAACUUUGGCUGGAAACAGCCACCUUCAACAACAGCGGCUGUUGCUACCCAUGUUGGGUUUGACCAUAAUAAUAAACCAUUCCAGUUCGGUUGUAAGGUCCCACCAGCAAAGGUAGGGGAAUGGACACCGGCGCCUAUUACAGCCGCCGUGCCACAAGCAGCACCGGUGCCGAUGGCAAUACCGGCGCCUAACAUAGCCGCUGUGCCAGAGGCAGCACCGGCUCCCGAGUCAGACCCUUACACGCCAAAGGCCUUGCCGAACUGGGAGGGUGGUUUCCCCGCUGCCAAACGACGGAAACUCAAUCCCGCCAGUCAAGUGACCCGCCAAGACACCAUCGGACGCCUUAUCGGCGACGCUGAGAAGGCUGCCAUUGACAUUGUGAAACGGCUCAAUGGGGAUGAAUUUGAUCGACUCGCCCAAACAAUGCUGGGUAGCCUCAUUAGGCCCGGCGAUGAUGUCCGAGAUCCCAUGCCGGCAGAUGUCUUGAACAGCAACCGCGCUGUAUUAUCGGCGUUCUAUCUUAUCACCCUUCAUCAUGCAUCUGAGCACCACAUACGCCAGCUUUCGUUUAUGGACUGUCUCGCAAAUGAGGUUGAGACAGCAGAGAGGACCGCUGGUAGUCAGUAG